GGGUAAUCCACCCGAUUUUGUACCUCAGUGACAAUAAUACGUCUCUUGUAGCACCACUUCCAAAUGAUGUCUACUUUUACACUAUACCUCCUCGUCUACCUUGGGCAGGCUGGUCAACGUUCCCACUUUGCGAUAUGGCUCGCUGACGAUGAAGGCGGUGACGUCGGAACGGUUAUUCAUGUCGUUGGAUCCCCGAUGUCGGGAUUCGCGCUACAAUUCAAACGAAGAUACGCUCCAAAGCAGACUGCACGCGCUCAUGUGUUGGUCCCAAUUGGGCUGAUAAACGCGCAACAUGUUCACACAUUUGAGGGCAACAGGGGUGUGGACACAACCCCAACAAGUGAUCUCGAACAUGUGGCCGCUGAAAUACAGCCACCUCGCGCCAGCAAGGACUUCAUGGCGCCAGUAAAUGACGUAACGUCUUCCACAUAUCCUUUUCGCAAAUCUGCUCACAGUGAAAGACAACAAAUCGGCGGUGCCAAGAGUGGACCAUGGACUUUGUUCGCCGCCUUGUUGACCUACACUAUCUCGAUGAAUCGGCGAUCGGAAUUGUACAGUCGAAACGAGACGCACCGGAUUUUGGCAUUGGACUACGCCCAGCUGCUUUUCGUCUACAACGGCGUUCACAACCGCCACAUGCCACUCCACAGUAGAUUCAGCAGCAUAUCAGCAAGUUGCUAAUAGAUAGAUCAAUGAGAUCGGACACAAGCAGUGCACGUCAUAUG